GCUGACUGGUUGUACCCAGCGCACUUCUCGUCUCUUGGGCCAAUGGCGUCCGCGUUCGCUCUCCCAUGCCAUGUGUCGCCCUCGCGAUCCCCGCCAGCAGUGCUGUCGCAGGGUCCAGCAGCAAUGCCGUCUUCUCCCUUCGCCGCCGCCUGUAAGCGAGUGGACCACCCCGUGCUAUCCGGGUUGCUCUCUGUCUCCGUCCCACUCCGCCUCGCCUCACCGCACCGUCUGUUACCAAACCGUCCCCUCGACGUGGAGCCCGUUGAAUUCGUGUCGCACCGCGCGACCGUCCUCGCCACCAAUGUCAGCAGCGCGACUGAGUUCCGGAGCGGCCCGUGCGGCAGCGGCAGCGCCCUUUUACAACGCGCCCCCCUAUCGCACGCCGGGGAAACCGUUUUCCUCCACGGCGCAUUCGCGCACUGCAUGCUGCGCGCGCCGGCGCAUUUGCAUGCACAUCCGCGGAAUCGUUCGGGGGUGCUUGUCGCUGCGCGACAGAGGCACGCGUCGCGCUUAGCGUCCUCGUCGGCAGGUCCGCGCCUGCCAUGUGGCGGUCCGCAUCCCCCCCAACUCGCGCAUCAUUCCCGCUCCGCGCGGAGACGAGCACCCAUCGCGCAGGGGAAGGACACGGAGGGCGCGGGGGAAGCCGUAGCAGCGGAAGACGAAAAGGCUGCGCCGUGGCAGCAAGGCGACUCCGAAACGCCGGCACCGCCGCCGCCGCCGCUGCCGCCUUCGGCGCAACAGCAAUUUCAGAUGGAGGCGGGGGGGCAGGCGGAAGGGGCGGCAGCUGCGGCGGUAGCGGGGGAAGCGGAGGGGGCGCGCGGAGUGUUUUCAGUGGAGAGCGGGAAGUGGCGCGUGCGCAUGGCCGCGCGCGAGGAGAUGAAGGCGGUGGCGGACCUCCAGGCGGAAGUGUUCCACGACCCGCCGCCCGCCCCGCUGUCGGCGCUGAACGCGUUCUUCCUAGAAAUGUUCAAGGCGGAGUUGUUCGACAAUCUCCUGCACAAGCUCAAAUACUCGCCGCCUGACAGGCACUGCAUUCUCGCGGCACAGCAUGUGAGCCAACCACUUCCGCCUCCCAACCCGAUCGAUGGAUCGCCUGCACGGGAAGCGCUAGGACGAAAACUACCAGCAUCACCGCCAGCAGCAGCAGCAGCAGCAGCAGCAGCAGCAUCGGCAGCGUGGCCAGCGGUGGUGGGCGUGGUGGACCUGACAGCGCUGGACGACCGCAGUGUGCUGAAGCACCUGUCGGGGGCGCGGGAGUACCUCUACCUUUCCGGCAUGGCCGUGCACCCAACCCUCAGGCGGGAGAGCAUAGCAUCGGUGCUGCUGGGGGCGGUGGAGCGGUUGUCGCUGCGGUGGGACUUUGAGUACAUUGUGCUGCACGUGCACGAGGACAACAUCGCCGCGCGCCGCCUCUACCAGAAGGCGGGCUACCUCGCUAUCGACUGCGACAGCCGCUGGACGUCCACGCUGCUGGGUAUGAGGCGCCGAGUGCUGCUCGCCAAGAGGACCAAUGGGUACCUGAGCCGCGCUGCUGCUGCUGCUGCCGCCGCUAAUGCUGCUGGUGCUCAAGAUCGUGCUGCUGGUGUUGCGGAAUCAAAUGGUUUUGGUUCUGCUGCUGCUGCUGCAGGCACGAGUUUGAGCUGUGAUGGUGCUGGGGGGGUGACGAUGCAUGGAGUUGCUGCCGCUGCCCCUGCCUCUGCUUCUGCAUGUGGGUGUGCUCCUGCUGUGCCUGGUGCGGUGUCACUGGAGCACCUCAACUGGCAACCUACAGCAGUGUGCUCGUGACUCUACAACGCUGCACGCAUGCUUGAGAUUAUGCUUGUGCAGUUACACCCAUGCCUUCCCUAAGUCGUCCCAUCCUAUCCCAUCGCAUCCCAUCCCAUCCCAUCCCAUCACAUGCCAUGCCAUCCCAUGCCCUGCCAACUUCUGCCCCAUCUCAACCUGGAGAGGGGUGAUGCAAAUGCUGUGUGCCGUUGUGUGUGUGCCUGCUUGCCAAAAUGAAGAAGAAAUCAGUAGCUAGUGUGUGCUUGCCAGAAGUACCCAUAUGUCUCGAUGCCCUCAUGCCAAGAGCAAGGGGUAGUUCUUGUCAACGUAUGUUGAUAUAAUGUUAUAGGCUAGACAGGUGCAUGCUCAUAGCGAGUACAGCACCAUAGCACAAAACCACCAUGUAUGCUUCAUUCUAGUCAUU